CUUAGAAUGCUCAUUUGCAUUAACAGUAUGCCCUAAUGUUGCAGGUAUCGAGUGGUGUCGUGCGGCUGAAACUGCACAAGCCCAGGAAGAAGAAGGUCAGCUGGACGAACGACACAAUUGACAAUGAAAACAUGGGGAAGAAGAAGUCGAAAUGUUGCUGUGUUUAUGUGAAGCCCCACGAAUUUGACGUGAGCAGUUCUGACACAGACGAUGAGUGUGAGCACUGUUCAGGCCACGUGGAGAAGAAGAACAGUCACCAGCCGGGUGGUGAGACUCAGUCAAAUAAUGGAUCGGCUGAGAAGUGAAAAGUGCAUAUACGAAACCCUGUGAGUGUUUUCUGGGGGCAUCAAGUAUGUGGAGUACUCUACUCCUUGAUGUGGAAAGAAGGAGUAUUCCUGCAUUAUUUAAACGACUUGCAGUUUUAAAUGUGUUUCCUUAUCUUAAGCACCAAAUCCACCAUUCAUCCGUAAUAUACAUUUAAUUUGUUCCUUCGGCUGAAUCUCGGCCAAAGGACAAAUUCUAUGCAAAAGCUUAUUUGUUGACUCGUCUUCCCUCGGAUUUUAAAGGAUUGUUUAUGAAUAGUGUGUGGAUCCUGUAUUAUCACUCUUUGGUGUACAUUAUUAUCAUGCUGAUUUUUGGUGCUUGUGGUCCUAUGCCAAAAGAAAUAAAAGAGAACAAAGCAAAAAUGCAAGGAAAUACAGAUUAAAAUGUAAAAAGUGUAUGGCCUGUGGAUCAGAAAAUAUGCUAUACUGUUUAAAUUUGUGUGGAGAGAAUGUGUAAAUGGAUAUACUAAUAGGUAUAAAAUGGCAGAGAUUUCCUUAUCUGAUUGUCAAAAUAAUGCUGUCAGUUGCAGUAUUAUAGGACUUGUUUUUAGUAUGUGGAGAUGAGGAGAUGGUGUUAUAGCAAAGGAUAUUUUUGAUAGGAAGAUUUCACGAAGCAUAAAAUGUUACUGGAUGGCUGUCUUGUGGCACUGUACAUAUUCCAGGGAGCAGCGGUAGAAAAGAAAUUCCAAAGAUGCAUUCGUUGUAUAUUAUGUGAUUCAUGUUUCCAUGUUAGCAAUGAGCCCCAUUGUAGUUGUUUGCUGUCUUGGAUUGUCUGAUGUAUUACUACAUUACCUUUUAAAUUAUAGUAUUUCCGUUGGUGAUCAUUUCAGAUUUUUUUCUUCUUCUUCGUCUCAUUCAAGAUACUUUUGUGGAUGUAAGGACAGCAGUUCCAGAUGAAACAUGUUAAUUCUUUAGAUGCAAAACUAUACCUCGCUGAUAUUUUUAUUUCUUGAACAAAAGGCUUCAAUAAAUACUGGAAGGAAUAGUUCUCCUUUGCCCUCACACUUUUAUUGCAGAGUUUAUGUACAUAUCAGCUCUUUCUUUAGUAUGUAAAAGCAUAUAUCAAAAUUAAAAGUUCAAUUUUUUUUCCCCCUUCAUGAUAAAAGAAAACAAAAUUGAAAUAAAUAAAUAAAUAAAAGGAAAAUCAAACUGUUUCCUAACGAUGAACUUGUCUACUUUGAAACUUGAGUAAAAGGAAAGCACAACUGAUGCUAUGGAAAGAGGCUCUCAUGCAGUAAAAUGUUGAUUCCAGUUGUGAUACUGCUGUAAAGCUGGUUGAGAAUGUAGCUGUGACAGAGGGAAGAGAGAGAAAAAGUGAAGAAUAGCCUGUUUGGAAUGAAAUUGCUGAAGGGUUAGUGUCUGGUAAGGGACACCAAAUCCACUUGCUGUUAAUUUACCUAAUACGUUUGACGAGCACAUUCAUCACCCAUGAUGUGAGACUGGGAUUUGCAUGAGCAUCUUUCCUAGAGGAGAGUUUUAAGGUAAAUAUCUGAUAAAAAAAAAAAUUGAUAUGGUAGUAUUGAAACAUUUAGAGAAAAAACCUGUAGUCAGUUUUAUAUGCACAAUUUAUACCUUGAAUAUAUCUCUUGGCAUUCAGUUGUAGCUUGAUUUUUGUCUUGAAAUUUAAGCCUUUGUGAUUCCUCCACUUCUUGAACAGUAUUCAUGCUUACUUUUUUUUUCCCUUUUUGUCUCAAGGAGUAUUUUGAUUAUCUAGGUUGGACUUGGGCAAACUAGCGUUCGUGAUUAGGCCUGCUCUAUAAAAAAAAAAAAAAAAAAAAAAAAAAAAAAGGAAAAAAAAAAAAAUAGCAUUGAAUGAUUGUGUAUAUUGUAAAUGCCAUAAUAGUUGACCUUGUUAUUGAAUAUUAGUUUAACCCAUGAUUGUAACACAAGUUAUUUCCUGGAAAAUGUAGAGCAUCUAGUAAAAGUAAUUUUAUGAUGGGGAUAAUAAAAAGAAAAUAAUAAUAAUAAUAAAAAAAAAAUCAUAAUGUAUUCUGACUUUGACCUUGACUUUUCUAUUAGGCUUUGAAUUUUACUUUUCAUAUUUUCAGGCCUUCAUAAAUCACACAAGAGAGAGUCAUUUUUCUCAGACAAUAAGAGGACAAUUUUUUCCGCGCCCUCCGAUUAGUUAAUUCCUAGAUGAUCAAGAUGCUUCUGUAUAUACACACACUGUUGCUUAUGUAAACUGCAUUCCCUAGUAGCUUAGUAACUUUUUAUUAUUUAACUGGUAUCAACUAGGAUACAUCACAUGCAUAUCAACUACCACUUUUACUAGAUUGCCUUCCAUUGUAUGUGUGUGCGUUUCAUGGCCAAUUGUGCUUGCUUAAAACUGAUUUUGUGUUCUUUGGAAGAGAAAGUUAUAUUAGUUACCUUAGACUGUAGUUAAUUACACUUAUAAUUUAUUUGAUUUUUAAUCUUAAACACAAUACUGUAGAAGAUAAGCUUCAGUAUAUAUAUUAUGUAUUUACUUUAUAGUACCGAUAAACACAUUUUUGAUGACAUCAUUAUAUUUUCUUUUUCUUUCAAAUCUUUAUUGAAAGCUGGAAGAAAUGCUAGAUGUAAUUGUCUAGUUGGCAAUAAGUAGUUCUGAAAUCUUUCCAUGUACUUCUCCCCUCCCCUCCUUCCCCCCCUCCCCCCCAGUUUACCUGUAUUGUUUAUCGCAUUCAGACCUUUCCUGUAAUCAACGGCAGAAGAUCAAAAUCUUACGAUGAAUUAAAUUGAGUUGCAUUGCUGUAAGUUGUCAUUGUUUACCUUCCCUUAUACCAAAGAAAAGAAAAGAAAAAAGCACUUUUUCUUUCUUAAAGUUUACAGCAAAGAAUGGUAAUUUUUUCAGGUGAGCUCUAUUAAUAAAAUCUUUAAAUUAAA